UUGCUGCUGCUGGAGGCGGAAGUACGUCACGGCUAAGGGACUGAAUCAAAUCCUUUAGUUAAACUUUCACUUUCUUCUGGAAACACGUCGAGUAUGGCGACGUUUUUCGGCGAGGUGGUGUCGGUGUACUCCCGAGCUGUUGAGGACGACGACGAGGACCUUGACGAAAACGAAGAAGAUGAAGAAAUCCGCAGGGAGCUGGAGAAGAAGAGGGAUAUUCAUCUGCACUGGAGCCCCGACGUCUCAGAGUCACUGAGGUCUGGAAACAAGUUGCCGUGUUCAGACUUCAUCCUCGCCGUGGGACCCAACGCUGCCAGAUUCCUGUCAGUGUACGUUCUCGCCUCUCAGAGCUGGGACGCGGUCGGACACGCGUCCGUGUGGAACGAGAGGAGCCGAGCGGCGAGCGGCCAAACCGCCGAGGAGUCCGAGUGCGUUUUCUACCGACGCAAGGACGACCCGACAGUUUUGAUUUGCCAGGUGACUUGCUACGUUGCAGAAGACCAGCUUUUCCAGUGGACGGAAAAGGUGUUCGAGUGCCUGCAGCGGCGGGAGCUGAACGUGACGGUGCUGUCGGACGCCUCCGUGGCCGACUACAAGGCGGCCGACUAUCUGUGCGCCAGCUCCGCUCCCUUCCUGCGCUGUCUCCACACCAGCGCCUUCACCGACCGGCGCGUCUGCCAGUCGCUGGAGCAGCCCAACAUCGUCACUGGACUUCCAGCUGCAGUCCUGAACCACUGCCAGGUCCAUCGCAUCGCCGGCGUUGUUUACCAGUGUUACAGUGAUGUCAUCGGCCCCGACUCUGUCACCAUGGAGACCUAUAAGCUGGCACUGACCAAGCUUGGCAGAUCCGUACAGCUGGAACCGACUCCGAGCACAGACGUCCUCCGCAAACUUGUCAGAAUCACCGACAUUCAGAGUAAUCUCUACAUCUGAGAGUGUGCAUGUUGCACACUGUGAAUGCGGUUUAAUUCUUUGUUCAUGUGGUAAAAUAUUGUAAUUUUUAAUAAAAACCCUAAGUAAAAAAGUGGAGAAUCUCUUCCUUUGAAUCUGCCAUCUUUCAAAGUGAGGUGACUUAUAAUUCCCAUUAUUAUUAUAUUCAUUAUUAUUCAGAUACUGUUAUUAGUAUUUUUCAUUCCGUUGUUUUGUAUGGUGUCUAAUUAGUGUGUGAGCAGCAAAGUGCUAAAUAUUGUUUGGGUUAUUCAUACAUUUUAUUGAGUAAAACUCCCUGUGGGAAACGUAAGGAUCUCAUGGAUGGAUUGAAUGAUAGAUUUGAUAUCGAGCAGCAUCAGUACAGAGAUUUUGAAUCUUGAAUUCAAAUGAUAAAAGUAAAAAAUUAAAGUGUGAGGUACCAUAAAAAGUUUAUGUACAAUAUACGAUUACAUAACAAGAUAUGGGGUAAUGUAAGAGGCAUUUUUAAUGUACACAGUAUAUAAAGAUUUAAAAAAAUAUCCAGCAAAUGGGUCAGUCAAGCGUAAAUAUACAGUAUAUUCAUUAAAUAUGGAACAGAUGUAAGUGUGUGUCUGAUAUAAAGAAGUAUAUAUGAAAAACAUGUAUAAAAAUAUACAAUAUAUAGGAUUUUCUUUUUUUUAGCUCUAACUUUAAUCUCAGAAUGUCAUAAUACUGAGGAAAAAAAAGUCAAAAACAGAAAGUUGCUCUAAUCCUCUUCCAUACGUAACAACAAACAAAAAUUAAUUUAAUAUAGUCUAUAACUAUGGCCACAUGGUCAAAAACUGUUGCCUCCACCUUCAGCCACACAGGUAUCCACCAGGUGGGGUUAAAUCCAUCUAUGACCUCACUCCAUCACACACACUCGCAUACUAAUGAUAAAAAAAAAUACAAGAAAACAUUAGAAUAAGCAAAAAUCUAAAUUUGGCUCCUGACUAUGAGCUCUACACUGUAUAUUCUUCCGUCAGUUUCUUGUUUAUUUGUUGAUAUGCUAAUUUUGCUUACGCUAUUUUCUAUGUUAUUUUUACUAGAUACCACUUAUAUGUUUGUUAUUGUAUUUUAUUUUGAAGUCUAAUGUGUUGUUGGAUGUGUCUCCUCCUGCCCAGCAGGGGGCAGCACUGCACCACUGAGUUCAGAGCCGUAUAUUAUUAAUGUGAGUGGUUUCUUAAAAGGAGGCGAGUUCACGAUAAAUCCGUGAGUGUGUGAGGGCUCAUCCACUGUCAGAUCAUAAAGUCAGCGAGUCAGUGGAUGAGCCCUUAAUGCCUCAUUACCGUAAGGGAAUUACCUACAGUUCAUAGCGUUGUCAAGUCAAAUAUGGGAGAUGCUGUGUCCGCCAUCUUGGACCGGUCAUUAGCUCCAUCCACUCAAAAGCAUGUGCAAAAAUAGCAAAUAUAUUAGAGACUUUAGGGGGGCUUUAUUUUGAAAUUCCACAUCAGAAUGACCUGAUAUAUCCUGGGUAAUAUCUUGGAGGUUUGCACUAUCCAUGUGAAGUAGAAUUCAUCUGUGGAAACAGACAGUUUUAUCUUAUUUUUCAGUUUUUAUUGCUACUUAAAACCAUUUGGAAAAUAACAAACAAUAUUAUACAAUUUAUGGGACUUUUAUUUUGAAAUUCCAAUUCAGAAUGGCCUGAUAUUUCCUUGGUAACAUCUUGAGGUUGUGUACUACCAGUGUGAAGUGGAAAUAGUUUGUGGAAACAGGUAGUUUUUAUUUAAACUGCAAUCUGAAAUGUUUUGGAACAGACAUAAAAUAUGAGACCAUUAAAGGUGCUUUUAUUCUCAAAUUUCACAUCAGAAUGGUCUGAUAUCUCCUGGGUAACAUCUUGUGGUUGGGUAUUAUCAGAAAUAGUUUGUGGAAACAGGCAGUUUUCUUCAAAUUCAUGUAUUUAACAUAAAUAUUAUUGACUACUUUGACACAGACUCACAUUUAUAUAGUUAGAUAUAUUCUUCCAUUGUAAUUAAAUAUAAUAUUGUUGCAAGUAAUGGUUAGUCAUUAUUAGAAUAUUAGAUUUAAAUUAGUUCAUCAUGUACUGAUUGACAGCGUGGAUGAAUGACGCUUUUAUUUUGAAGGGCUAUUUUGCAGGCUUUCGACCGGUCCAACAUGGCGGCGGCGGCGUUUCUCACGCUGGAGCAAUCAGUGCAGCUUCUAACUCUCCGGAAUACCCGAAAUCUCAAUAAAAGAGCGGUGCGGUCGUAAUGGACGGAGUACGAAAGAAGAAGUUUAUGUGGAGUGAGCAACAAACGAAGAAAUUCAUAAGGUUGAGAAUGGAAAAAGAUGCGCAUUUCACAGGGCACAGAAAUGCAUCUCUGCAGGGGUUUUAUUUGGUAUUAAAGGAAAUGAAUUUAGAGGAAGAGGUCACUCCAGCCCAAGCUACAAAAAAAUGGGAAAAUUUGAAGAAGAAGUACAGGAAAUUCUUCACACAGGGUCUGAUUCUAUUACAAACUGGGUCAGGCACUGAGUGUGGUGAGAGCACACCAGCCGCCUGGCCCUACUUUGAAGAAAUGCACAAGGCGAUGGGGUACAAGGACUCAAAUAAACACACAAACCUCAUCACCACAGAAGACGACUCUGAUGUGACUGAGGAGCUGGACGAGACCGUGGGCACCUCCUCUUCAGGCUCCUCCGCGACAUCGACCUCCGUCAACCAGCCACACACCACGUCUCCUGGUCCAUCCACCUCCACUGACCCGCUGCCUGGGUGUUCACGACCUAAAAAAUCCAGAAAGAAUGAGGUCCUGGAGUACCUGAAGGAGUACGGCGAAAGGCAGGAGAAGAGACAGAGGGAGCUGGACGCCAGGGAGGAGGCGAGGGAGAGGAAAAAGGAGCAGCAGAUGGACGCUCUUAUUGCGAUUCUUGGCAAGUUGGUGGAGAAGACCAAAUAGUUGUUCUUCACCAGCUUGCCUAUAUUUGUGUUUCUUUUUUUAAACUUUUGAGCCAUAUGGGUGUUUAAUUUCUGUUUAAAACAAGAUUUCAGCUUUCUUUACUGUAAAAUAAACAAUGUUUUGCAUCCA